UCCAUCUUGAAGAUAAUUAAUAAUUUUAUUUUAUUUCGAGUUCAUACGUUUGUUGCUACACGAAAGUACUUGGAAUGUUUGAAAUGACGUCAUAGUUUUCAAUUAUUUAGUCGUAUUUGCUUGUUUGUUUCCCAAAGGUUUCAAUAAAUAAAUAAAAUGUAAUGCCUUUGUUACAACAACGCUAUAUGCAUCAUAUAUUUUUUUGUUUGAAAGUAAAAAAAAACAAGGCGACGAAAAUUACGAGUACCAAUGUCAUUUAGUUUCGUUAAGCGUAUUUAAAGCCCAACCAGAAAUAUAUGAUCAUUGUCAAGGGGGCGCUGUUAUUCUCUUGUAUAGGGUGACAGUUCAGUUUAGUAUGAAAAAUUUAGUUCCAGUGAAAUUACGCAAUAUGGCGCGUGAUCAUAUAUUACUGGUCAGGCUUUAGCUGAAUAUACGCCGAAGUUAACGGAACUUAAUAAAAACACCGUGUAUACAUAUAGGUGAGACAGUGAAUAAAGCUUAUUCCGUAUCAGGAUAAGCGUAAACCAUGGAGGUUGACAAGCUAUGUAAUGAAGAACGUGAAACUAUAGCCACUGAAGACGAUGAAGACUACCUAGUGAAAACAAUAGGUGCUUUUGGCGCGUGGCAAGCCAAAGUAUGCAUUCUCGCCACAAUGACAAGAUUUCUGGCUAUGUGGAACAUGUUGAACAUCAUGUUCCUGACCUAUGACAACAAGUUCAUUUGUGUGAAAUUCAACGGGACACGUCUUAACGUAUCAACAUCAACAUGUUACGAUAACUGCGUCGAGUACGCAUUUGAUGAAGGUAUUUUUGUCAAAAGUUUUGUGGCGGAUUUUGAACUGAUCUGUGAAAAGGCCUGGAUGGCUAGUUUUACGCAAUCGAUAUUGAUGUUCGGUUUGCUGUUUGGAGUUUAUUUAUUUGGAUGGCUUUCUGACAGAUUUGGACGUCGCAAAGCGAUCUUUUCCUCUGCGUUUCUCGUGGUGGUUCUGAUGGUGGCUUCCAGCUUCGCCCCCGAUUACUGGACAUUCUGUACUCUUCGGUUCUUUACCGGUGUUUCUACGGGCGGAGUGCUCAUCGUAAGCAUCGUCAUGGUACUUGAGGUGGUGGGCCCACAACAUAGGGAGGCCGCAGGUUGCGGAAUCAACUUACCAGAUGGUCUCGCAGAAGCCUCUCUGGUCUCCUUCGUCCAGUUCUCGCCGACCUGGAGAAUAUACCUCCUCACCAUGAGCGGUGCGUCUGCCCUCAUCGUGGCGUUUCUGGUCUUGCUGCCUGAAUCUCCGCGGUGGCUGAUAGCUAGAGGACGAUUGGAUGAGGCGAAGGCAUUGAUGACGAAGGCGGCUAAAUGUAAUAACCUGGAUCUUACGACCACAGAAGACAACAUAAACAGCAUUUAUUCAAGAGAAUCCAAAGAAAUUAAAACCACAACAUACUGCGACCUGUUCAAAACGAAGAAGCUGUUCACUAGAACAUUGUGUUCUACGCUGGUGUGGAUGAUAUCUGGAAUGGAGUACUUCGGCAUCACGCAAUACUGCACGUUCUUGGGGACGAAUGUGUUCGUCUCAGUCGUCAUUAUGGGGUUGAUGCAGAUACCUGCUGCUUUCAUAGCAACCUGGCUGAACAAAGUUUACGGCAGAAAAGCAACUAUUAUAAGCAAUCUAUCCAUCACAGGCCUCACCAUGUUACUUCUCAUCUUCACAUCUCCUGACCACUGGGCCGCUCUGACGUUAGGAAUCGUCGGCCUCUGGGCUGUGACCAUAACUUUCAACGUCCUUUAUAUAUACGUGUCUGAAUUAUUUCCUACUCCUUUAAGGAAUAUGGGCUAUGGUGUGAGCUCUUCAGGGGCUAAGAUUGGAGCAAUGGUAGCUCCUUUUAUAGCAAAUCUUAGCCCUCAUUGGAUACCGUCGUUAAUAUUUUCUGUAUUAGCCUUUUUGGGGGCAGGCGUUUGUUGCGCAUUACCGGAAACUAAAGGACGAGCGUUGGAAGAUGAAUUAGGUCAUGCGGAUUGACAAUUAAUUAAGACCAAAUUGUAUUAGCUCAAUAUGUAGUACUUUUAAACCGAAAUACGUCAUAAAUUGGUGACAAAGUCCACAGGUGGCGGCCGAAUACAAACCAGCCUCUUGCAGUAAACGCCAUAACCGGCAUCAAUUUAUUGAGAUAUCUAUAUUCAAAAGGAUGGGUACCUCUGACUAAACUCUAAGGGCGAGUAAGACAAAAAAUCAAAUUUUGAUAAAAUAAUUUGUGUUUUCCUGAGUUGUAUUUUUUACUUGUUGUGACUGAAAUGUCACUUGUUUUUAUAAGUUAUACUUUAAAUGAGCAAAUAUACCGGGUGUUUCUUGUAACACGAGCAAAUAAUUAAACCAUAUAUUGUACUCCUAAAACGAUAUAACUUUUGAUUAACAACUUUCAAAAAUUAUGAAAUCUUUAGAUUUUAUCUUUUUCAUAAAAAUUUAAUAUUAUGUUUAAUGUACGCUGCCGGUGUG